AUGGACUCUGAUUACGACGAAGACCGUGGUGGCUGGGGAGAUGACAUGGGCAGAGGAACCGAUGAUUGUGGCGGAGAAGAUGCUCUGGAGAAUCCUCCAGAAGUGCUCAACGAGUGUCUGGAUAAAUUUAAGACGCCUGACUAUAUAAUGGAGCCAGGAAUUUUUACACAGUUAAAAAGAUACUUCCAAGCGGGUGGAAAUCCAGAACAAGUCAUCGAAUUGUUAUCCAAAAAUUAUACAGCUUGUGCACAAAUGGCAAACCUACUCGCCGAGUGGCUUAUUCUUGCUGGUGUUAAAGUCACCGAUGUUCAAGCUAUGGUUGAAAAUAAUUUAAAAGAUAUGAUCUUAAAGACAUUCGAUCCGAAGAAAGCUGACAAGAUCUUCACAGAGGAAGGAGAGACACCUGCUUGGUUAACGGAAAUGAUUCAGCAUCCCACCUGGAGAUCUCUUAUCUAUAGAUUAGCGGAGGAAUAUCCGGACUGCUUGAUGCUGAAUUUUACUAUUAAAUUAAUAUCAGAUGCUGGGUUUCAAGGAGAGAUCACGAGCAUUUCAACGGCAGCACAACAGAUUGAAGUGUUCUCCAGGGUGCUGAAAACAGCAAUAGCUGGUUUUCUGCAGAACACUGAAGACUGGCAAUCGAGCAUUCAGGAGUGUGCUAAAAUGGUGUGCCAUGGACAGCACACUUACGUUUACAGUCAAGUGCUGCUGCAAAUCCUUGCACAGGAACCAAGAGGUGGUUUCAUGAUGAAAAGAUUAUCGCAAGAAAUUACAAAAUGUGCACAACAAAAUCGACACGACGUAACACCUAUUACAAUGGCAUUGAAUGGAGCAGCUGGCAGUCCUGCUGCAUGUCAGGCUUUAGCAUCUAUGUUAUCUCGUAAUGCUCUGAAUCCAGCUGAUAUUACUGUACUAUUCAGAAAUUAUUCCUCUGCUGAGCCACCUCCGAUUGAAUUACUUCGAAAUCCGCAAUUUUUAGAAUUACUAGUUGAUGCUCUCUUCAAGCCAGGUGUGAAAGUCAACCCUGAACACAAAUCAAAAUACAUAUAUCUUUUGGCAUAUGCUGCAAGUGUUUGUGAGGCACCGCCAAAGAAGGGAGGUGCCCGUAAGAUUAAUAAAGACGAACUGAAGACAACAAUUCAAGCUAUUGAAAAGGUUCACAAUAUUUGCAAUAUUAAUAAGGGUUCAACAGAGCUUGUUGCUGAACUUAAUACCCUUUAUCAAUCUAUCAGAUUUCCAGUAGUAAGCGUGGGUGUCAUUCGAUGGGUCCAAUGUACUGUAACGGAACCUUCAUACUUUAAAUUAUGCACUGAACACUGUCCAGUUCAUUUGGCAGUACUCGAUGAAGUUGUGGCAUGUCAUUCGCUACUCCAUCCGAAAGUAUUACAGCUGCUUGUUCAGUUGUUUGAAAGUAAACAAGAUGAACUUGAAAUUCUUGUUCAGUUGGAGAUGAAAAAAAUGUUGAUAGACAGAAUGGUGAAUCUUCUGAGUCGGGGAUGUGUAGUACCUGUAGUAUGUUACAUUAAGCAAUGCUGGCAACGUGGUGAUACUGACGUUUCUCUGAUUAGAUAUUUUGUGACCGAGGUUUUGGAAGCAAUAGCUCCACCUUACACCGCGGAAUUUGUUCAAUUAUUUCUACCAAUGGUGGAAAAUGAGGAAAUUACAGGAACGAUGCGAGGAGACAGCGAUAACGAUCUAGUAUCCGAGUUCAUUGUACACUGCAAGGCCCACUGCCCGGUUGUGAGAUGACGUUUUAAAAAUUAAAUUCCAUGUGGUUUGUUCAAAGAAUGCUAAUUAUAGCACAUGAAGAGUUUUAUUUCACAUGGGUGGCCAGAAUCACAUUACAGAAAUUACUUUCCUAUAAAUGAAUAUUUGUGAAGCGGAUUAUCCUAUCCAUUGUGAUAUCAGUGACCUAAUUUGUCUCUGAAAUAAAAACAUCUUCAUUAGUUUAAUUGAUCUCCUUUCAUGUCUAAAACAGUGUUAGUAGUCACAAAAAAAUUAUAGGGUGCAUGAUUUGGUUAUCGCUAAGGAAAAACUGAUGUACAUUCAAGUUAGACAUUCAUAUCAUAAACUCGUUAAAAUUG